AUGAAAUUAUCUGCUCUUUUAUCAACAGUUGCUUUGGCUUCAACAUCUUUCGCUGCACCAAUUGAUACAACCGCUUCAAAUGAAAACUUGAAUUCUACUGAUAUUCCUGCAGAAGCUGUCAUUGGUUACUUAGAUUUGGGUUCCGACUCAGAUGUUGCAAUGCUACCAUUCCAAAAUAGUACAUCCAACGGGUUAUUAUUUGUUAAUACCACCAUUGUUCAACAAGCUGCUCAAGAAAAUGAUGACUCUGUUGGUCUAGCUAAGAGAGAAGCCAAUGCUGAAGCUGGAUGGCACUGGUUGAGAUUGGACCCAGGUCAACCAUUGUACAAGAGAGAAGCUGACGCUGAUGCUGAAGCUAACUGGCACUGGUUGAGAUUGGACCCAGGUCAACCAUUGUACAAGAGAGAAGCUGAAGCUGAUGCUGAAGCUAACUGGCACUGGUUGAGAUUGGACCCAGGUCAACCAUUGUACAAGAGGGAAGCUGACGCUGAUGCUGAAGCUAACUGGCACUGGUUGAGAUUGGACCCAGGUCAACCAUUGUACAAGAGGGAAGCUGACGCUGAUGCUGAAGCUAACUGGCACUGGUUAAGAUUGGACCCAGGUCAACCUCUAUAUUAA